ACGAUUCAACUAGACUAUACAGUAGGACAGUUGUUCGGAGACAGAUGAGAUGGGACAAAAAGAUUAAUUUGUUAAAAUGUUUUGUUUAUAGAAAAGAUAGGUUAAACUUAAUUUAAAUGUUAACAGGAUUUAUUAAUUACGAGCCAGUGUUAGAUUUAGUAACGUGUCAAGAUGAAGUGCAUAAUCAGAGUUUGAACAACUAUGUUGCAGUAAAAGUACACGUAUCAAAUCAACACUUUCAACUGUAUUUCUAAAAACUGUAUGUGUUUUUGAUCAACAAAACAAUGAAAUAAUUAAAAAUAAUAUAUUUUUAAUUCUUCUGCAAUUUUUUAGUAAUUUAUCAAUGUUCAAAUAGUGAAAUCUCUGGAGUAGAAACAUUUUUCUAAUCUAUGCUUAAAAUGAGAAUAUUUUCAAUGAUUUAUUACUAAUUUUAUUCAUAUAAGGUCUGAUAACAUUUUAAUUUUAUCAAGUUGGUGUGAAUAAAAGUGUAAAAUGGCAACUAUUUCAGGACCUUUUGAAUACAGGAGAGAAGCAGUAAGGGUCAAAGUAAUGAAGUGUGAAGGCAUACUGUCUCCAGAAUACAGGAAGUUCAGCGUUGAUCCUCAAAUAACAUCAUUUGAGGUUCUCCAAAGUAUUUUAGCCAAAGCUUUUGAUAUUAAAGGGGAUUUCACUGUGAGAUACAAAGUGUGUGAUGAUUAUGGACAAGAAACAUACCUCUCAUUGUUGUCUGAUUGGGACUUGGAUGCAGCUUUUCUCAGCUCAUCCGAGCCGCAUUUGUACUUACGGGUUGAGAUGAAACCCUUCUCAGAGAGCAAGGAGUAUGAGGAGUGGGUGGAAUCUCCUGUUCCUGAACCUCUUCCUAGCGAGAGCCGGCAGGCCCGGAUACAGGGGCUCAUAAUGAACCAGGUUGAAAAAACUUUCAACAUGGUCCAGAGAGCCUUGAACCUGGUGGAAGACCAGGCUGUUUCUGUCGCCCAGACAACAAGCAGCAUUCCACCCCGCCCGCCUCUUACUGACGCAGAGUUCCGCAGCUUCCUGGACCCUAUCGGCCAGGUUGUGCGUGAUAAGGAACUCCGGGCUGUCAUUUAUUAUGGGGGAAUUGAACCAAGUUUAAGGAAAGUGAUAUGGAAACACAUUUUAAAUGUUUACCCAGAAGGAAUGUCCGGAAAAGAAAGAAUGGAUUACACAAAAAGAAAGUCAUUUGAGUACCAGAAACUUCGCGAUAGCUGGCGUGAAAUGCUAAAGAAUGGUCAGAUGGUAGGAGAUCUGGCGUAUGUAACCAGCAUGGUACGCAAGGAUGUCCUUCGCACUGACAGACAUCAUAUGUUCUAUGCUGGUAGUGACGACAAUAAGAACAUUGCUGCGCUCUUCAACAUCCUUACAACGUAUGCCCUGAAUCACCCAGCAGUCAGUUACUGUCAGGGCAUGUCAGACCUGGCGUCUCCGCUGCUGGUGACUAUGAACGAUGAAGCUCAAGCCUACAUUUGCUUUUGUGCCCUGAUGCGUCGGUUGGCACCCAACUUCCUCCUUGAUGGCAUAACGAUGACUCAACGGUUCCAGCAUUUGGCAGAAGGGCUUAUGUACUACGAUAAUGCUUUUUAUUCUUACCUCAAAUCCCAUCAGGCUGACGAUUUGUUAUUUUGCUACCGCUGGCUGCUGCUUGAAAUGAAACGAGAAUUUGCGUUUGAUGAUGCUCUGAGAAUGCUGGAAGUGAUGUGGAGCUCACUGCCCCCCUCCCCUCCAGAAAGGGAGAUUAUGCUGUACGAGCAGGAGUUCUGUGGGACGCCCCCGCCCCCCAGUCCUCGCCCUCGAGAGAACGCGUACACCAAGAUCUGUGCCCUGCGCCGUCAGACAUCCGGAGCCUCUCUUAGUCUAGACGAGGGGAUCAGUUUGAGAACUAAACACAUCAAACAGUCCAAACCGAGACCAUUUAACAGCCUUGACGAGGCUGCUUUGGAAAAAGAUAAGGACUCUGAAAAACCAGCUGGACGGGUCGUAAAAAAUUUAAAUGAAUUCCUAAAUUUUGACAAGAGUGGAACUUUAAAAGAAGUGAGACAUGUUAAAAAGCUAAAUAUCGACGUAGGGAAAAAGCGUGAAAGUGAAGACGAUGGUAGUUCUCCAGAUGAUUCCACGGAAUAUUUUCCGAUGACGACUUCCAUGACGAGAGAAUUGAGAUUGGAACUGGAAAGCUUAGACAGGCACGUGUUCGGGGGAGAGAGGUUAAAAAUGGAACUGGCACCAGGGGGGGAUGAGGUGUUUGUGUGGGAGAACCCUCUGAGAACGUCGACCACACCCGACGAACAGACAGAUCUAGAAAUGGAUCUGACUGUUGGGGAAAUCAUCGAGACCGACGGUGGGUCCGUGAAGUCAGUGACUCCGAUCAGGCUGCUGAAGAAGCAUGGAAGUAGUGAAGCUACUAGUUCACCGAGAACUGAGAGUCCGGUAGACAACAGCAGCCAGUCCAGUGAAGUGAACUCGAGUUUGCUGGCCAGAAGGAAAGGCACAUUAGAGGAGAUUAAUACCAGUGUGAAUGGGAACAUAUCCGGCUUGCCUCGGCCCUGUGAUGAUAUGACAGACAUAAGUAACACCAUCAAACCCAAAGGGGGAAAUCUACCACCCCCAGAAGAGUUCGGUGGCGGAAAUCCUUUCCUGAUGUUUUUAUGUAUCACGGUUCUGAGACAGCACCGAGACCUAAUCAUGCGAACAGGAAUGGACUAUAACGAAAUGGCCAUGCACUUUGACAAGAUGGUUAGAAAACACGAUGUUAACAAAGUUCUGAAUAUGGCUAGGCAAAUGUACGCUACUUAUUUGAAAAUGCAUAGUGAAAGUCAUUCUCAUUUGAAUGUAUGAAAAGUUGGACAUAUCUAUUUUGCUUAUUUUGUUUGAAACACCAUGUAAGACUGCCUAGACUACUGUCUAUCCCAAAGAGUAAGAAUCUAGAAUUCAUUCCAUUAUUUUGUAGCCCUUAUCAUAGAUCCACUAUGAAUUAGGUGUAAAUAAAACUAGUGCACACUUGUUGAAUCGUUGUACAGAGUUUUUUAUUGAUCAUUCAUUAUUAUAUGCUGACAAUAACAUAUAAUUUCUGAUUAUUAACAGUAUUUUUUGCUAUGAUUUUUUUUACAUUUAAUCAACUUUGAAUACUGGUCUACAUGUAGAUUUAGUUUAGAAAGUAAAUAUAUUAUUUAUUUGCUUGUAGAAGUAUUUUGAUACCGUGUAUUUAUUUAUAUUUGUUUUUGUUGUAAAGUUUAUGAGACCAUUCCAAGUAAAAUAUAACAUGCAACUGAAAUUUAAUUUUUAUGCAAAAUGUGAUAUAUUUGAUUCAAUUAUCCUAAAUUCUUGAAUUAUGUUUUGUCAUGUAGUUUAAAACAAUUAGUUAUUGGUUCAUUUGAAGAAAAUUCAUGUUGUGACAUAAAUGCUCUAUAUCUUAUACUGCAAUUAAUUAUCAGACCAUUAUUCUUAUUGCCAAGGCACCCUUUUUAAUAUCUAUUCUAGAAUACUUUUAUUUGUAUACCUAUACAGAAAUAAAAGAUAACUGGUUUCAGUUGAAUGAAUCAAAUGGUAUGCAAUCAUCGUUUUCAAGCCAUAUUUUUAUUGUUUGUACAAUCUCUGGAAAAAUUAAAGUAUCACUUAAAUAUAAUAAUGGUAUUCACAUCUAAGUUACAUAUGUUUAUAACAAUAAUUUUAACAAUUGAGUAUAAUUAAAAUUGGGAAAUAUACAUGGGCCGUUUUUUUUCCGAACUCAUGUCAUGACGGCCAGACAAGUGACAGGUCAGUGGUGAGCGUAGUAGUUGAUUGCACUGCUACAACAUUUGUACCUGCCGAGUUUAAGUAGAGCGUUUGCUCUGAGCUGCAGUUACGAAAACAUGGCCGCUUCUAUUGACUCUCCUGCCAAAUGUAAAUUGAGGAGUGUUUUUCAUUUCCUGCAAGCAGAAAGAAAUAGUUGAGCAGAAAUCCAUCAGAGAAUGUGCCUUGUUUACAGAAAAAACAUCAUAAUUGAUGGUUUCAAAAGUUUAAAGAUGGCCGAAUGUCAAAUUCAAGGAAUCUCAAAGCUGAAGUCUUUCCGUGAUCUUUGUGGGUGUCUGUCAACAUCUUUGGCACCCAGCGAGCACAAAUGUUUUUGUAGUCUUAAUUAUCUGUAACAACAGAGUAAAGAGAAGAUCUUGACAGUUCUGGAAUUUCCAAAGACAAAGCUCUUAUUGUGAAUCUACGGUCUUCCCUAAGCACUUUGUCAAUUUGUUCAACAAAGUUCUCCGUAGCGACAGACUUGUGUCCUUACCUCCUACAUCUUGCACGUUAGUUCGGCAAUCUUAAAACUUUUUACAGGCUUCACGUACAACACCAUCACUUAUAAUGUUUUCUCCGUAACCACGGCACAUUCUCCGUUUGAUGUCUGCUGCACUAUUCCCUUCUGCUUGUGGGAAACGAAUAAUACAUCUCAAUUCACAUUUGUUGGGAAAAUCAAUAGAGAUGGCCAUGUUAUGCGGUUACAGUUCAACGCAAACGAGCUUAUUGAAUUGAGCAGUGAGAAUGUUGUAGUGGAGAGACGCGCAAUCGACCUACUGUGGACCUGCCACGUCAUGGGAUAAGAUCAGAGGUUGAAAAAAAUGUCUCAUAAAAGUAAAUAAAAGAAAAUACUUUUAAUAUAAAUUAUUAUUGCAAACAAUUAAUUGAUAAACUUUCAAGAUGUAGAAAAUGUGUUAAAUUUUCUGUGAGUAAUAUUAAAGUAAAAAUGUUUUUAACAGGAAUUUUUAUUUUAAUUUAUUUUAUGUAUAUAAUAUUGAUCAAUAUUUAAAUCAAGUUAUACCGUUUACAUAAGUAUAAAAUUCAGAUUUACUUGAAGAUAUCUCUGCUACUAAAGCUGCAAUUUAAAAAAUCACUAAAAUAUAGUAAAAAAGUAAGUAUUAUGUUUUCAAAGCAAAAAUUAUUUUUGUUAAACUGAAAAAUUGCUAUUGAAAUAAAUAUUUUUUGUAAAAAUAUGUAACAAGUUCUGUCUAGAUUGUUUUUGUUUUUACAGUUCUUAAUAAUGCCACUAAAAAAAAAAUUCGGCCUAAAAGUGUGUUACACACAUUUUGUGUGCUACACCUGUGUACUAUGCGCUAACUCUACAAAUUGCACAUUUCUGCAUCAGUCCAUAGUAACAAUAUCCUUACAACAAAUUAAAUAUAAUAAAACACUACAACGUAACUUACUUUAUGCAUUUUCUAUCAGUAACAUUGGUGCUGUGUACAGUAGCAUUAGCAACAACUCUUGGAAAGUAACAAAACUUCUACCACUUUCAAGUCAUAUUUUGUUGGUACAUAUUAUGAGUUUUAUCUGUGCUCUACAACUCUGCAUACAGUCAAAUUAACUUUUAUGUAAUGAUGUUGUUUAUUUAAUGGAAGUGAAUUAAGUGUACAAUUAAGCAACUACAAGUAAUGGACUCAAGGAAUAAAGAAAAUUAGAUCAUAAAUAACAAUUCAACACAAAUAUAGGACUGUCCUCAACACUUAACAAUGAGCGAGCUUUUACUCUCAACCUAAUCCUCGAUUUGUAUGGAGUCCUUUAAUGAUAAGGAAGUGGAAGAAAUUUUCAUACUUGGCUUCGUGAGACGGAGGGACUUUUUUAUGUAGGAUUCAUAGUGAUUUUUUUACUUUAUUCGUUAAAAGUACAUGAUUGGCGUCAGGUACAAAGUUAAAAAUAUACAUGUAUAAAUUAUAAUUAUAAGUAAUUUGCAUGUAUAAGUUUUAUAUAAGUUAUGAAAUUUACAUAAGAAUACAGUACAUGCGAUACAAUUAAAUUAAAUAACAAUUGCGUGGAAAUAAAAAAUAACAAGACAAAAACAAAUAACAAGAAAGUCAAUGUUACAGUUGGCUUUUAUGAAACAAAUGCAUUACAUGAGUAUAUUGGCUUCAUUACCAGUUACUCUUUUAAUUUAUUCCUAAAAAUAUUAAAAUUACAUUAUUUUUUAUAGAAUUUGGAAGACAGUUAUAAGAUGUUAUUCCUGCAUAUGAUAGGUCUCUUAGCAUACAGCUUUAACCUAUGAGAGGGUAAGGCAAGAUCAUUUCGACUACGAGUAUUGUAUUGAUGAUAUGUACCAAGAGUGGGUAGAUCAAUGCUGUUUCUUUUGACAUAAAGCAAAGUGUCAUAAAUAUAUUGGCAGAAAACUGUCAUAAUUCCCAAUUCGGAGAAGUGAUGUUUUAUAAAAUCUCGCCAAUUUAAUUUUGAUUGUAAGGAUAAAAAAUCCUUGAUUUCUUAAUUUAGUAUGCAGUGUGAAGAUGAACAUUUGAUAGCUAAAGCAAUGCCAGUUGCUGCACUUAGGAACACCAUUGCACUCGUUUGAAAUUCACAGUAUUCUUUAUAACCUUGUUAAGUGAAGCACACGCACAACAAAGUGUAUAUCACCGCCGUACACUAACUCAUAUCUGAGCACAAUCCAGAAACUUACACUGUAAUAACUACUAAGAGAAAACAUUGUUUGGUUUUUAUAUGUUUAUAAUUUUAUAGAUUAAUUAAUUAUUACUGUAUCGUAAAAUUCUUUGAAAAGCGUAAGACUAUUGUAGGAUAAGUUACAUACAUUGUGUUAAGUUUGGUAACUCCCAAGUUGAAUUAUUAUAUUACUAUACAGUGAUUUGUUGUACAAUGUACUUCAACAGUUUUAUUCAAUAUGUUAUGUAUGGAUGCGGUUGACUCUUUUUGCUGCAUUAAAUAGAAAUUAUUUUAAGAUUGUAAAAAGCAUUGGUUCAAUGAAUUAGUUUUCUCUAAAUUCAUUUCAGUUUGGGAAAUUGAUUGAGACUUAAAAGCCUGUUUUCCUAGUCAUAAGUGAUUGUUUCACUUUAAAAGUAUAUUUCUUAGUCCCUUGUUAACGUCUCUGGUUUGAUUAUAUAUUUUCCAUACAAAACACAUUGAGAGCUUUUGUUAAUUUUUUAUGUUUGUUAUAAAUAUUAGGUUUACAUAGUAAAUACGCUAUUACAAACUUAUCUUAUAAAUUUUCUGAUUCAGCUAUAGCUACUUCAGACUUGGUGCAUUGUUGUUAUUUUUAAUUUGGUGCAACUAUGGCUGUUCAUAAGAGGUCUAUCCAGAAAGUAGAUUACGUUUUGAUAUAAACAAAAAACAAAGUACAAGAAAAAAAUUGUAUUAUGUACAUUUGAAAGUGAGACUAAAAUACUAAUUUUCAACUUAGUCACCUUACAAAUUUAGGUACUUAUCAUAGGGGUGAACUAGUUUUGAAAUUCCAGUGUUAUAUAAAAUUCUGCUGCCUAAGGCUUCAACCAGGUAGUCACGCCCUCCCGCAGUUCUACGUUGUUAUCAAAGCACUGCGUUGUAAGCUAGGUCUUCAUUGCUGGAAACAGACUGUACUCCACUGUGUGCAAGGUCCGGACUGUAAGGCGGAUGUGGAAACACCUCCCACUUAAAAGCACCCAGGACAUCUCAAGUCCGAUUUGCUGUGUGUGGUUGGUAUCUUGCACAAAAUUGAUGGUAACCUAACUUCUGUGUAACAAUUUCAUGUAACAAACUCCUUGAAAUUUUAGGAAAUCUAAGUGAGCGUUCUGUUAUUGUGAAUCGCCGGUCUUCUUUAAUCUUCUCAUUGACCUUAGAGACAAUUUCAUUGGUUACAAUGCUUGGCCGUCCACUUUGUUUGUUAUGCCAUUUUAAAACUUAACCAAUUGUACCAUUGACGCACUUCACCUUCAGUAAUCACAUCGUUUCCAUAAACUUCACAGAGAUGGUGAUAAAUCUCAAUUGGUUUAUUGUGCUUAGCCAACAAAAACCGUAUUACUGACCGCACUUCACAACUCAUGUGAUUUUCAAUUGUAUUCCAAAUUUUAAACUGCUAUUGUAAAACAUCAAGGAGUGACAGUAACCUCUCCCUAGCACGGCUGGAUAGCCACUGAAUGGAGGAACGUGCUAAUAUCAAAAUGGCCGCAAAAUAAUUAGUCCCUAGCGACUACAGAGUGAAACGUAAUAAACUUUCUGGAUAGCCUUUGUAUUUACAUAUAUUCUCUUGUUGGCAUAAUUUUUUUUCAAUUCAAGAUCAUCAUCAAAUCAAAUUGUUACAUUCAAUUGGAUGGGACAAUUUUAAAAUUUAAUGCAACUAAUAAAGAUACACAAUUUUUUAUAUAAAUUUGUAUUUUGUGUAAGGCCUUUUUAAAUAAAAGAUUUCAUCUUCCAGUGGCUCACGAAUUGUGAAGUAGUACUUUGGAAAACUGGGUACUUUUAUUUGGUCAUAUUCAAAUUUGACCUACAUAUUUAAUGAGUACGCUCACAACCAGUGCGUAUAUGAUGAAAUUCUUUCUUGAUAAAAUUGUUAACAGGCUGCUGCUAUUUACAGCUUGAAAACAGAUGUUCCAAACUUAGCAGCAAAAUGCAAACAUCAUCCAGAAAGUAACUUACGUUUUUUGCCAUGGCAGGAGCUUUGUCAUUUUGAUGUCUAUGCCUUCCGUGACACUGCGGUUAUUCUUGCUUCUCUGCAUGGUUUAGGUACUAUUGAAAUGUAAAAUUUGCACUGUCAUCCAAAAUCUCACUAGUUACGAAGUACAGUCUGUAGUUUCAUUUUGUCGGAAACAAACCUAUAGAAAUCUGCUAACAACACAGAUAGGGCCCUCUCUUCCACUUAACCUUGAUGAAUGAGCUAGUGACAAAAUUGAACUAGAAUAUGUGGAACAAACCCAAAAGUUCAUGAUCAACCUACUGAUUUAUUUGGUGAUAAAAAUGGGUAUCACAAAUUUUGUGCCAGAUGUGAACCAAAACUCUGGCUGAAGUUGCAGGCUGCAAAUAUUUAUGACAAUGGGAUUGAAAAUCUAACUCAACUUUAUAAUUACCUCUUUGUCUUAGAACUACAUAGAAAAUUUAUUUGUUUAAAGUUUUGUUAUUUACAAUGGAUGGUUUGAAAGAAUAAUAGCAUUUUAGACAUUUUUCAUUGUUAUAUUAGUAUGUAAAAAUUUUAUAAAACUAAGUUUCGAGGAUUGAAAUCCACCAUCGUAUUCAGGUGAAGAAACCUUAAUACACAUAACAUGUACUUUACCCAAAGUGUCCUGACCUCACCUGAAAGUGGACUUAACAAUUGGUCUGCUAAUUACAUGUAUGAAGCCUCAAUAAGUUUGCAUUUGAAAAUAUUCUCCUCGCUGUGUAUUAUGUUGGCCUCAUCCCAUUUCAUGUGAUUAUUUUCAAACAAGCAAUUUUACUUUGCUAUUUUUUUUGUAUUUUCUUUGUAUUCUUUAAUUCUCACAUUUAGUGGUAUUUUUGUCCAGCUUAUUAAGUCUCUACUACAAGACCAUGUUAUACUGUAACACAGUAAUGUAGUGUGUUUUAUGACUCCUGUGUGCCAUCUUACACACGAGGAAGAGAGUAGAUCUCAAUCCUCGAAAUGUAGUGUUGUACAUUUUGUAACAUAUAACAAUGUCAACUGUCCGAAAUCCUGUUAUGUUUUCAAAGAAAAGUUGCUUAUGAGUAUGCUUCUAAAUUUAUAGAAUAAAAAUUGUGACUCAUGCGGUAUUUUUAGAACUAAAAUGAAAUUUACCUUCUGGAUGGUCCUUCCAUGUAUUUAUGUGUGUUGCUAAGAGUAAAUGACCUUGAGUUUUCUCCAUAAGAACAGUUUUAAACAUCAUGCACUUUUACAUCCAUAUUUUUGAUCGUAGUAUUACGGGAGUUGUCUCAUCUUAAAUAUAUACUUAAUACGCACCAUAAUGCUUUUAGUUUAUUUGUAAGGUCUAUACAUUUUAAUACUUAAACGGUGAAAUAUAAAAAAGGGUUAGGCUUUUCUCUAAAUAAUCUACAAAAUAUUGAAAAAAAAACUAGAAUGUGACACCCCUCAUAAUGCUAUGACAAAAAUAAGGUCAUAAAAGUGCAGAAGGUUUAAUUCAUUACUUAUCACAUCACUAAUAGUAGUCAUAGUAGCCGGGAUGAUGUAUCCAAAUGAAUACAUGUUGUGUAAAGGGUUAACAUUGUCCUAUGUGGUUAAAACCAAGAUGGCCUCUAGUACAUCCAGCUCUUAAUUUUAAAUGUUGUUAGUUACCUAAGGAAAUGAUAGUAUUGUUUUGGGAUUUUGUAAUGUUAGUCAUUUUAAAUAAUGCAAUUAAGUUUAAUAUUAACAUUUGUCUCUUGUUCAUUCCAUCAGCUCUUUUACCAAUCUUUUAGAGUUAUUAAAAAGUUAUCAAUUAAAAAACUGUGCAUCAAAUUAAUACAGAUGAAACGUGUAUCAUUGUAACUUCUAUUUAUUAUUUUGUGGUAGUAUCGCUAGAUUUUUCCUUAAAAGUUGUGAAACGAAUAAUGUCAAUUAAAAUCUUACAUAUAUUACAUACUUUUCAAACUUUGUAAUUAUUUAUCUGGCCAUCGGAGAUCAUAUUUCACAACUCACAAUAACCAGGAAUUUAUAUAUUUAUUUAAUACAUAUAUAUUUAUCUAUAAACUGGCAUUUUGGCAUAAAAUGUAGGUUUGGAUGUACUUAUCUUUUUAACAUUUAAAUUUAUACUUGUUAUCAUAAUAGAAUUCUUAGAAAUCGCCUUACUAGAAGUUAAAAAGAAAAUUUUUGUGCAUGAAAGAUUGUAAAAGAAUAUGAACAGCAUUAAAACAAUAUAUUCUUAUUAGUUCAUUAUGACAGCAUAACAGGAUUGAUUGUUUUGGAAAUUUUCCAUUGAUUUCCAUAAUAUUCUACAUUAUGUACUUGAUGGAACUGGUAAGGUUUUAGAAUUGAAGAAAUUUUGUGAAAAAUGUCAUCAAUGCCAUAAUUUUGCCAUAGAAUCGUUUGCCAAUUAUCUAUGAUAUACGUAUUUAAAUUUUUUCAAAUGGUCCAUCAUCAAAAUUGUGAACUUAAAAUAAAGAAUAAUCAAACAUGUUACAUUACUUAAUUUUGGGUAAAUAAAGAAAAUAAAUACUUUUUUUUAUUUAUUGAAUUAGUUUUUGAGGUCACAUGUUACAAUGUUGAGUUAUGUUACAAUGUGCAUGAAAGUGCUUUAGUAUUUUUGUUUUUUUAACAACUCAUCAAGUAAACUAGUUUUGACUGAUGGAAUUGUGUAAUUUACUCCAUAAAUGUUAUCUUUAUAGACUUUAGUGAUUAUUGUUUUUUUUAGUUUCUAUUUGAACCAAAGCAAAUCAUGUUUUUCAUGAACUAAAUAAGUUGAUUUUACUGUAUUAUUUUAAGAAGUGUAUAACAUUUCUCACAUUGAAUGAAGGUUGUUAUAAUAGUACUUAAUGUUUAAAAGAUAUAUAUCGCUUUAGGGCACAUAGAAAGUUAUAUGUAGAUAAGAUGUAACUAUUAAUAUUACAUGUAACAUUGGAUAAAAUCUGUAUAAAACUAAAGUGUAAUAUUGUGCUGUUAUAGUCAUAGAGAAACCCUAUUUUUUAAUUGCUCAAAGCAUGCAAUAAUUUUGCAAGGACGCAUUGUAUAUCAAGUAUGGACGAUACUAGGACUCGGUUGCUUUAGGCUUAGCUUUGUACUAUUAUUAAUAAAAUAAGGUUUUAUUUUUAGAAACAUUAUGAUUAGGUUAAUGAUGGUUUGCCUUUAUUGUUUAUUCACCUAGUAACUUUAUUUAUUUUGCGUUUGUUGUUAAUUUGCUUAGUAAUAUUAUUUAUUAAAUUUGUAUAUUUUUCAAAGACCAAUGAAGAAAAUACAAUGCGAUGAGCUUGCUGAUAUCAUAUUGAUGACUUACCAUUCAUUGUUUUGUAAACAAUGUGCUUUCUAAAGUAAUGGUUACAUUUCAAUGGUAAUAAUUUGUUCCUAUUAAUCUUUAUUGUAUGAAUAUUGAUUACCAUAGUCGACCCUAACAAAGGCAGUUGUAGUACUCCCACUUUACUGGCAGUUUUUGUGCUUUGUGCAGAAUUACUUUCAAAGAUCCAUGAAAAUACUGUAUGGUCUAGUAUAUGAUGUUGUUUAAAGUAGGCUAUAUAUUUUAAUCAGUAAUACGUUACUGAUCAUAUAAAGACGUUGUUCAACGGUUUAUUUUUUUCACUUCAACUAGAAAGUUGGUCUUUUGUAAGAAAUCUAAAAAAAUCAAUGUUUUGUGAUAACAAAGUUAAAGUGCCCUAAUUUCUUAAUGUCCAUUGUCCAUGGUGAUUCCGAUAAAAGUGCAGAUUUUUUCAGAGUUAAUAGGGAAUGUAAAUACAGAAAUGUUUUGCCCAAUACACAUGGUGUCGCAAAUGUUCUGUUUCUGAGAAAAUUGAGAAUUUGUGAAACGCCUACAUGCAGUGUUCCCUUUGAGAUGCAGCCAGAAAAAUGAAAAUGUUCACUCUUUCUAAAACUAAGAUAUCAACCAACCGCUGGUAUUAAAUAAAUUUUAAAAUAGUUCAAAAGAAACAUAAUAAACAUGAUUAUGGUCAUGUUCAAAUAUGAUUUGAAUUGUGACAUAAUUACUAUCUAUUAUUUUAUCAUAUCUAAUUAUAAAGUAUGGCUGAGUAAAAUACAUAUGAUAUGUUUUCAGGAUAACUAAAAAUAAAUUAGGAGUUUUCAAAAUAAAAUUCUCUAAAAUGAACCAUAUUUGGUUCAAAUUGAAAAAUUUUCUCAGGAAUGACUUCUAGACACCCUGUUUAGCAAAGGAGUAGUACAUACUCGUAUGAUCUCCUUAAUAUUACUUGUGCUCUCAAAAUAAAUCCUUUAAAUUCGCUCUUGUUGCUAGUGUAAAUUUAAUCAUAAUCACUUUCAAAAAUGUUUUGGUUUCACAAUUAACUAGACCAUUAAAUAAACAGUGAUACAUAAACAGUAUUUAUCAGAAAUCUUUUAUUUAAGUUGUUUUGAGAAUAAGCUCCUCCCCUCCUCCUUGAAUACAUUUUAAGAACACUAUUCUGUAUUGUCAAUAGCAGAUUUUAGAAAUGGAAGAUGUUGAAACUCAAGUGCAACUUAUUCAUCUUAAUCAUUUAGUAUUUUUCUUUCUAGUUUUACUUUGUUUUGAUGUGAUAAUAGCUGUACUGUGGGUCAUUGUCUUUGUUUUAAAUAUAAAUUAAGGUGGCACCUGUUUCGUAAUUUAUUUAAGAUCGAUUUUAUUUAUGUAAAUAAAUCGAUAAAGAAUAAAGUUUUUUUAUCACUCAGUUA